AUGGCAGCAGCAAACAGCAGAGCACAAUGUUCUACCUGUAAUAAAGGAAAUACGACAUAUAUUUGUCGUGGAUGUUCAAAAGAUUUUUGUUUUCAACAUUUAACAGAACAUCGACAAAUUCUUCAUAGACAAUUAGAAGAAAUUAUUAAUGAUCAUGAUCAAUUUCAACAAACAAUUAUUCAACAAAAACAAAAUUCACACAAUUCUUCUUUAAUUCAACAAAUUAAUGAAUGGGAAACAAAUUCAAUUCAUCAAAUUCAACAAACAGCAGAAGAAUGUCGAGAAACACUGAUAAAAGUGACACAAAAGUUGAUCGAUGGUGUAGAAAAAAAGUUCAUAGAAUUAUCUAAGAAACUAAAAGAAAUUCGUGAAGAAAAUGAGUUUAAUGAAAUAGAUUUAAAUCAUUUUCAAUUAAAAUUAACACAAAUUACAAAAGAAUUUCUUCAACCAGCAAAUAUUUCUAUUCAACAAGAUUCACAGGAAUUUAUCAAGAAAAUUUCAGUUAUUUCGUCAUUCGAAGAAAUUCAAACAAAAAAGAAUAAUUUUCAACAAUUUGCAAUUACUGUUGCUGGGGGAAAUGGAAAUGGGCAGGAAUUAAAUCAACUCUCUUACCCUGAAGGGAUCUUUAUUGAUAAUGAUAACUCAGUUUACAUUGCUGAUUGUUAUAACCAUCGUAUUGUGAAAUGGAAAUUGAAUGCAAACACUGGUCAAAUCAUUGCAGGCGGAAAUGGGAGUGGAAAUCAUAAUAAUCAAUUGAAUGAUCCAAGAGAUAUAAUUUUCGAUAAAAAACAUAAUUCUUUUAUUAUUUCCGAUAACGGGAACAAACGAGUAAUUCGAUAUUUUGAUCAAAAUCAAGCAGAUCAACAAGUUAUUAUUUCAAAUAUUAAUUGUGGGGGUCUGACAAUCGAUCAAAAUGGAUUUAUUUAUGUUUCUGACCCUCAGAAUCAUGAAGUAAGACGUUGGAAACAAGGAGAUAAAAAAGGUGAAUUAGUUGCAGGUGGAAAUGGUCAAAGAAAUCAUCUUAAUCAACUGAGCGUUCCUACUUUUAUCUUUAUUGAUGAAGAUUAUUCUCUGUAUAUAUCAGAUUGUAACAAUCAUCGUGUAAUGAAAUGGAAAAAAGAUGCAAAAGAAGGAAUUAUUGUUGCUGGUGGAAAUGGCAAUGGAAGUAGUCUUAAACAAUUGUCUUCUCCUCAUGAAGUGAUUGUUGAUCAUUUAGGCCAAAUCUAUGUGGCAGAUUGGGGAAAUCAUCGAGUAAUGCGUUGGUGUGAAGGAGAUGCAGAAGGUGAAAUUGUUGUUGGUGGAAAUGGUCAAGGAAAUCAAUUAAAUCAGUUGAAUUCUCCCAUGGGUUUAUCAUUUGAUAAUGAAGAAAAUCUUUAUGUUGUUGAUUUGGGAAAUCAUCGAAUCCAAAAAUAUGAAAAACUUUCAAAUUAA